AGGCAUAGCAGCUCUGCCUGCACAUUCAGUUCUACGCAAGCCUCAAAGGCUUUUUAGUGAGAGGGAAGCGAGCACGUUACGUUUGACGUGGAGUGGGACCUCAGUUGCCUUCUUGUUUGCCUUGCCUGUUUAGUUUGUUGCAGGAACCGUCUUACAAGCUUAAAAAAACUGAUUUUCACCCUGAACGCCAUUCAGAAACGAAUACACAGCGCUGGGGAGAUUUGCUUCCAUUCUGACAUAUAAUUAUUAUGGCUGGUAGCGCCGUCAAGACAGUGCACGACAUUUUUCAAAGCAUGGAGUACGGACCAGCAGUAACUUCCAGCACUGCCACUGCACAGGCCUGGCUGGAUCACCAUUCCCGUUCUCUGGGUCUGUUCAUCGAUGGCAAGUUUGUCCGUCCAGCAGACAGACAGAGUCACUCCCUGGCUGAUUCUAAAGGUGGUAAUGUGUGCAGCAUAGUGUGCGCUGCGGAGGACGAUGUUUCCCAGUGUGCCUCCUCUGCUGUUAAUGGCUACAAGGCCUGGAGUGGCCUGACCUGCUACCAGAGGGCCAAAGUGCUGCUCAGGUUGGUGAGCGUUCUCGGGCAGCACAGUCAGUGUGUGUCGGAGCUGUGUGAGCUGUGUGGGGCCUCCUGCUCGCCCUCCACCCUCGUCAGACAGCUGCAGUACUACAGCAGCUGGGCUCAGCUCAGAGACACUCUUAUCACUAACUGGACACCACUGGGUGUGGUGGCAGUAGUUGGCUCUGAUGACUGCUCUUUCUAUUACCUUAUGCUCAAAGUCCUACCAGCACUGGCCAUGGGCAACUCUGUCAUCGUUGUCCCUGGUCGGAGCAGUACCCCUCCAGCGCUCCUGCUGGCACAGCUUUUUAUGGGAGCAGGACUUCCUGCCGGGGCUCUUAAUGUUUUAACAGGAAGUGACAUGUCGCUGGGUGCCAAAGUGGCUCAGAGUCCCAGCAUCAGCUACGUCACCUACAGCGGCAACAAGCAGGAUGGGGUGAUGCUCUGUAAGGCCACAGCAGGGAUGGGCGUUCCUGUUUCUGUCUCCCCCAGCAUUGGCGCUACGUGUCCCUUCAUCAUCUUUGAGUCAGCAGACAUCGACAGCGCAGUGGAUGGAGUGAUAGAGACUGCCUUCAAGAAGAAAAGAGAGGUCCACUGGGUGUUGUGCGUGCAGGAGAGUGUGCUGGACAGUGUCGUGGUCCGUCUCAAGCUGCGCAUGGCAGGGAUGAAGUGUGUGGCCCUACACAGUGAUGGAGACAGGGUCCUGGUGGACACUGCAGUACAGGAAGCUCAGCAGCAGGGGGCCACGUUGGUUCAGUCCUGCUCUGCCCCCCCCCCAGGUGCUCAGUACCCUCCCACGGUGCUUUGCAGGGCGGCCCCCUCCUCUCCGUUUGUGGUCAGCCCCUCUCCUGGACCACUGCUGCCUCUCAUGACCUUCAGAAGCAACACAGAAGCAGUGACCCUGGGAAACCACAGUCCUCAUGGCCAGGCAGCCUCUAUCUGGACUGAAGACCUCACCCUGGCUCUGGAGACAGCUAAGAGUCUGUCAGUUGGCUCAGUGUGGGUGAAUUCCCACUCUGUGUCUGAUCCCUGUCUGCCUGUCUCUGGUCACAAAGACAGCGGCACCUGCACUGACGGAGGACAGGAGGGUCUGUACCAGUUUCUACGCCCGUCCUCUUCUUCCUCUCCUCCUCUACCUCGCUCAUCCCCUGUCUCUAUGGACUACUCAAAGUUCGGAACAGCAACAUCACCAGCUAUCAUUCCUGAUGAUUCAGACCCUGCCAGUGCUCCUAAGUCCUACCAGCACUUUGUCGGAGGUAAGGCAUGUAAAUCAGUGUCUGGCUGCAGUGUGGCUGUGCAGUCACCAGGGGGCGAUGUGUUAGCCUAUUGUCCAGAUGGAGGACGGAAAGAUGUCCGUAAUGCUGUGGAGGCUGCUGUCAAAGUCCAGCCUGGCUGGAUGAAAAAGAAUCCGUCUGCACGCGCUCAGUCACUCUACUCUCUGGCCAAGGGCCUGGAGGCAAAGCGGCGGGACAUAGCUGCGUCAAUCAAUGUUCAGACCGGUCUCUCCAUGGAAGACGCUGAUAAGCAGGUGGAGCUCAGCAUCGCCAGGCUCAGUGAUUGGGCGGCUUACUGUGACAAAGUCCAAGGAGGAGCUCUGCCUGUGCCACAGUCUGGCACUGCUCUCUCCCUCCCUGAAGCCCUGGGAGUCGUGGGGGUCGUCCUCCCUGACAAGGAUCCCCUCCUCUCUAUGGUAACAAUUCUUGGGGCAGCCAUCACCACUGGCAACGCUGUCAUCAUGGUCCCCAGUCAAAAGUAUCCACUACCAGCCUUGGCAUUCGUCCAAGUGCUCCAGUCUUCAGACCUGCCAGCAGGUUUGGUAAAUGUCGUUACAGGAAGUAGAGACCAGUUGACAGUGGCUCUGGCUAAUCACAGUGUCAUCAAGGCCAUCUGGUACUGGGGCAGUGCUGAGGGCUGUCAGUACCUCCAGUACACCUGCACCAG